AUGGGUAUCAUGAUUCUGAUUUUGGUCACUUUGACCUGUGUUGGCCGUGUCUAUGGACGAGAAAGCUACGCAGGUGAAAACGUCACCCGUAUUCUGGACCGACUACUAGAUGGAUAUGACAACCGGUUGCGGCCAGGAUCUGGAGAUAUGAUUACAGAGGUGAAAACAGAUAUCUUUGUCACCAGCUUUGGACCAGUAUCAGAUGUGGAAAUGGAGUACACCAUAGACAUGUUCUUCCGACAGACCUGGGUGGACGAGAGGCUGAAGUACGACGGCGCCGUGGAGAUCCUGCGUCUCAACAACAAGAUGGUGGAUAAGAUCUGGAUACCCGACACGUUCUUCAGGAACUCCAGGAAGUCCAUCGCACACAAUAUGACUACUCCCAACAAGCUGUUUCGCAUCAUGCAGAACGGGACCGUCCUCUAUACCAUGAGACUCACCAUCAGUGCAGAGUGUCCCAUGAGUCUCAUGGACUUCCCUAUGGACGGACAUGCCUGUCCUCUCAAGUUCGGCAGCUAUGCAUACACGAGCAGUGAGAUCACCUUUACCUGGAGGAAGGGUCUGGAAGCUUCUGUAGACUGUCCUCGGGAGUCUAUCAGUCUGCUACAGUAUGACCUGGUGGGACAGAGGUUAUCCAUGGAGACAUUCAAGUCCAACACAGGUUUCUACUCCGUCAUGGUAGUCCAUUUUCUACUACAGAGGAAGCUAGGCUACUACCUGAUUCAGACGUACAUCCCUCUGAUUAUGGUGGUGGUGCUGUCACAAGUAGCCUUCUGGAUCAACAAAGAGUCUGUCCCUGCACGCACUGUGGCUGGCAUCACCACGGUCCUCACCAUGACAACCCUCAGCAUCAGCGCGCGCCAGUCUCUGCCCAAGGUGUCCUACGCUACAGCCAUGGACUGGUUCAUCGCCGUGUGUUUUGCAUUUGUGGCGUCCGCGCUCAUCGAGUUCGCCGCCGUCAACUACUUGGCCACGCUUGAGGCCAACAGACUGAAGAAGAGGAACGCCAGGCAGAACAAACUGGAUGUCCUGGCUGAAGCAUUUUAUGAUGAGGAGGAGGAGGAUAAGAGUGCUUCAUCUCCCCUCUCAGAGAGAGGGGGCCUGAAGAAGAGGUAUAACUCCAUAUCCCAGAGUGAGAUGGAC